AUGCCCAUUUGUAUCUGUGAUCACCACUCGAAGGUUCAAGGAGGGUCAUCUCAUUGUUCUCCUCUUGUGGCUGGAAGUGGCCUAUUUCUCAAGGCAGAGCUAUAUAGCUGCAGUUUUACGAGGGCUCUACGCGGCGAAAUCAUCGUGACCGCUCAGGGGUCGGCGGCAGGCGACAACGACAAGCCGGCCUCUUCUGAUUAUGCCUACCAUCCCAUUCCUCCUUGCGCACCCCCUCGCAAGUCUCCACCUGGCUCUAUUGAAACAGGUAUCACAACUACCGAAGAAACGCCCAUGACCCAAGUUUCGCAUGGACCUGAUCGCGGUUAUGGCACUAUCGAGGAACAAGCAACUUACCUCCGAGAGGAGCUUGAACGACACAAACUCGAGGCCGGAGACAAAUUUGGAAGAACCACUUUUUUGGACACCGCGACCAAGGAACAGCUGGAGAAGUUCUUUGCGGAUACCAAUCACUUUACGUGGAAUCCGAAGAACCGGUGGAACGGCAUUCCAGAGGUGCCAACGUCCGAAAAAAAACUCUACCACCCUUAUGUGGCCAUUAUCAGCGGCAUUCUGUCCUAUUUUGAAAUUUCUGCACGCCAGAUGAUCGCACCUGCGGCGACGCUGGGCCCUGUCCAAGGGGCGCAAGCUGCGACAUUGAAUAUGUCACGCGAUGCACUUAUUCCAGGAUCUGGCCUUGCUGAAGGAACUGCACCCCAUGACAUGUUUGCCACAAAGCUCAGCGAUAACAUAUGGGUCGACAAUAUUACAUUGGACACGUUCGACGUACUCAUCUCAGGAUCUGGUUUGGUAGAAGACACCACACCCCACGACACACAUGCGACGAAACUCAGUCAUAUCGACAGUACGACACUGAGCACAUCUCCCGACAUACUUAUUUCAGGAUCUGGUGUCGGUUUUUGGCCGAACAGCAAACUGGUUCAAUCAUUGAACCUGUCAUCGAAAGCUUCAAAAAAAUCAACUUAUAGAGGAUGUGCUAGCCCCCUCGAAAUUAAAACCGAGAAGACUUAUUCGUUCUGGGAUAACCUCAUUCAAAUUGCUGUAUACGCCCGACAAUGCUUUAUUCAACAGGAGAGUCGGUUUUUCGUUUAUUCUGCCAUCCUGACCGAAACUUUCAUCCAACUCUUCCAAUUUGAUCGCGCUGGUGUGAUGUACUCACAACAUUCACCGCCAUCCUCGCCAUUUUAUUCUCGUUAUCCUCGCCCUCGCAUCCCCAGACCCCGCAGCCCUUGGCUUGGAUACAAGCAUACAGUGGUGUGGCGGCAAGCGAUACCUGACUAUGCCAACGCGCGGAGAAUGAGCUUGUACGUUAUGAGAUUGAAAAUCUCAAGGCAUGCUUCCUUCGUCGUGCGAUCCGUGGUCGAGGAACGUGCUGCUGGAAUCUCAUCGAUCCCAAAACUGGUGAUAAAUACCUGGCUAAGGAUUGCUGGCGGUCCGUUGACCGUACUCCCGAGUGGGAGCUUCUGGAAAUGGCCAAAGGACUAG